AUGCCAGUCAAGACAUUCGAUUUCGAUCAAAGAGCUUCCGGUUCAACCUAUCUCAAAUCACUUGAAACUUGGUCUUAUCAAUUCCCUGAUUCCUCGUCUUGGUUGUGGGUUAUCCACGGCAUUAGACUCACUUUCUCGAACGGGGAGGCCUUCUCGGCUGGUUACACCGACGACAAGCCCAUGAAAAAAUUGUCUCUAAAUGGGGACGAGAGGAUUCGCGAGUUAGCCAUCUACAGUGACCAAGAGCUAGAUGUAGUGAACAGUAUCUACAUCUACGCCAGAGAUGGACCCGACGGGCAGAUUAAUGCGGGAGGAGAAACUGGCGGAACAAAGCAGGCCACGAACCUUGGGGACCGCACCUUGCUUGGCUUCCAAGGACGCCACAUCCCAGGAGAGUCUCUUCACGAGCUGAAGCCUAUCUUCCGAGGAGCUUGA